UUUUUAAAGAUAUUCGGCCAUAAUUUUAAGCGUUUUCCUGUUUUCACAGGUUUCCUCAUCAUGCAAACCUUUAUGAAGAUACCGCUGGCUACUGUGUUAUGCAGCCUGCUCUUACUGCUGAUUACCUUGUGUUCUGCAAAUGACAACAAUAGCAGCAAACCACGUGACAAGGUGAGUUUGUUUAAUCAAACAUUGUAAUAUAUAGCUGUAAUAUAUGAAAAGUAAAAGUCAGUCAAUGGUACCUGAACUAUUAACCUGAAUGAAUGAAUGAAUGAAUGAAUGAACGGUGAUUUUUUAUUUAAGGAUGCUUGACUAAGGUUAAUUUAUUGACUUAAUCGAGUGAUCAUGAAUUUAUAACGGCAUGAAUUUUUAAAUUUUUCAUUUAGAGUAUUCCUCAACAGACAUCAUCUUAUGGUUCCUGUGGUCAUGGUGGGUGUUUCUGUGCACCAGGAAUUCCAGGCAUCCCAGGAAGCCCUGGACCCGCGGGACCAGCAGGUGUCGCGGGAUCACCCGCUAAUCAUGGACCUGAAGGACCCAUGGGCCCACGAGGAAACAAAGGUGAUGAAGGAGCUCGUGGAAGACAGGGACCACCAGGCAUCAAAGGAGUUAAAGGACCUGCAGGCCCGGCAGGUCCACGUGGGGACAAAGGUGAAGCAGGUUCAGCUGGUUCCCCUGGAAACAAGGGUGAUACAGGUGCUCGUGGAAAGCAAGGUCCCCCUGGCCCCAAGGGACCUCAAGGACCCUCAGGUUCAGCUGGUUCCCCUGGAAACAAGGGUGAUACAGGUGCUCGGGGAAGCCAAGGUCCUCCAGGUCCAAAGGGUGCUCCAGGAUCGUUUGCUCGUAACUGGAAACAAUGCGUUUUUAAGAAUCUGAACGAUGGAAGGGACUCCGGAUUGAUAAAGGUAACAACUGAGUUGGUCGUUCUAGAUUAUAUAAAUUAA